GUUGGCUGCUCGCUUGUGGGCCAAGCAUUCGCGCUGCUGCCUGUGGUCGCUCUUUGUCGCUGCUCGCCUUUGCCAUUGCCGUUCCGUUCAGCUUGGCUUUCAAGGCGGCUACACAGCCAACUGGCCAUCAGUCGUUCGGCGUUGAUUACCGUGUGCGGUACGUAGUUUGCUCCAAAGCAACGCUAAGCUAAACAAAUUAUUGGCAGUUCGUGCUCAGCCAGUACGAAACAACACGUGAGCAAGAAGCAGAAAAAGGAAAAAGUAAAUAAACAAAGAAAUAAUUGCAAUUAAAAAUUUCCAUUGAUUGGCAUUGAUAACGGUGCUAUAGAAAUCAGAGGAAUAGAAAAUAUUGAAAAUCGAAAAUCGCAGCUUCUACUUUAACUCGCUCCAGUGAGUGGUUGUUUUUGUUAUCGUCGCGAUAAAUCUAUCAACAGCUCUUUACACCAACCUCACAAGCACACACACACAUACUUGCAUUUAAACUCUGAGGCCGCCAGCAAGCCAAGCGCAAUGGAUUCAUACUUAACAGAAAUCAAACAAUUACGGAUACCUCGCCCGAAAUAUGAGCCCAACGGUAGUCCACCGAACAAUUGGCAUCGCCUGGUACGCCCCUACACGCCGCCACGAGACUACCACUUGCAAAGCAAUGAGAUAAUCGCCACGACAAGCGCGACGCAUUCUACAACCAAUCGACUCGGUGGCUGUCAGGGCGGAGCGGAGGAAUUUCGGCCGACGUUGCAUGAGAAAAUGUAAAAGCUGAAAGCGGAGUAGAGCAACUACAACGAAAGCAAUAAAAAAAAACAACGACAAA